AUCCUAUUUACACUUAUAAGGCCAACCAUGAUUAUCUAUUUAACCCUUUUAAAACCUAAAAACGAUGGUUUAUACAACAUGCAAGUUAAAACAUACCCUCAAAUGCCCUCUUUUGUCUACUACCUCUUCCCCAAUCUCCUAUCUUCCCUCUUUGCUUUACAAAUAAAUGAUGUUGGAGCAAAUUUGAAUUUUCAAAUUCCUCAUCCUCUACUUCUUCAACUGCAGAUACUGGUUUGUUUAUCCUUUUUUGAUACUUCAUUUUUAUAUCCAAGUGCAUAAUAUUUCUGGGUAUUUUGUCUUUAUAGUUAGUGGUAACUUGGGGUUUCAAGAUUUUGAGAUCUGAAUGUGGAGUUGUUGAAUUUUGGGUAUUCAAAGAAAAAAGAUUUAAUCUUUUUGAAAAGUGAGAUAGGUUUUGUUUUGGAUUCAUUUAUAUCUAAGUUGUGGAGAAAAAAAAAAGAUUCAUUUUUUUGUGGGGUUUAUAUCAAAUUGGAGGAGAGUUGAAGUUUUUAGCAUCUGGGGUUUUGUUAUUAUUUGUUAGAAAUGAAUAUGUUGUGGAGUGAUGAGGAUAAGACUAUGGUGGCAGCUGUAUUAGGAACAAAAGCUUUUGAUUACUUGAUGUCUAGUUUAGUUUUUGCUGAAUGUUCUUUAUUGGCAAUGGGGAGUAAUGAGAAUUUGCAGAAUAAGCUGUCAGAUCUUGUGGAACGUCCGAAUGCAACUAAUUUUAGUUGGAAUUACGCCAUUUUUUGGCAGAUUUCGAGGUCUAAGUUGGGGGAGUUGGUGUUAGGAUGGGGAGAUGGUUGUUGUAGGGAAGCUAGGGAAGGAGAGGAAUCUGAAGUUACUAGGAUUCUUAAUCUACGCCUCGAGGAUGAGGCUCAACAAAGGAUGAGGAAACGGGUUCUUCAGAAGUUGCAUAUGUUUUUUGGUGGAACGGAUGAAGAUAACUAUGUGUUUGGAUUGGAUAGGGUCACUGAUACUGAAAUGUUCUUUCUUGCCUCUAUGUACUUUUCUUUUCCUCAAGGGCUAGGUGGUCCGGGGAAGUGUUUUGGUGCUGGUAAGCAUGUGUGGUUAUCCGAUGUUAUGAAGUCGUCUGUAGAUUAUUGCUCUAGAUCUUUCCUGAUGAAGUCUGCUGGUAUGCAAACAAUUGUUUUGAUCCCAACUGAUGUAGGAGUUGUGGAAUUGGGAUCUGUACGAACUAUACCAGAAAGUUUGGAGCUUGUACAGUCCAUAAAAUCUUGCUUCUCGUCAUUUUUGGCUCAAGUUAGGGCUAAACAAACGACAUCUGUAACAGCUGCAGCUGAGAAAAAGGAUGGAAAUAAUUCCAUGUUUCCCAGCCUUUUUCCUUAUGAGCAGUCAAAGGGAAAUCCUAAGAUUUUUGGGCAGAAUUUAAAAUCUGGUUGUACUCAGUUUAGGGAAAAACUUGCUGUUAGGAAGGCGGCGGAUAGGCCACUGGAAAUGUACAGAAAUGGAAACAGGGCUCCCUUCAUGAAUGCACAAAAUAGUGUACUCCCCGUCUCAUGGCCUUCAUUUGGUAAUGUGAAGCCAGGGAACCCAGUGGAGCUCUAUAAUACUCAGGCCCCAGCAAACAACUUACGAGGAUUUGUUAAUGGAGGAAGGGAAGAGUUCCAGUCAAAUAAUCUCCAGCAUCAAAAUCCUGGUAGAAUGCAAAUAGAUUUCACCAACUCAAGACCUGUUGUUUCUCCAGUGCCUACUGUUGAAUCCGAGCAUUCAGAUGUUGAAGUUUCAUGUAAGGAAAACCAUGCAGGACCAGCUGAUGAAAGGAGGCCUCGAAAGCGUGGACGAAAACCAGCGAAUGGAAGGGAAGAGCCCCUCAAUCAUGUAGAAGCGGAGAGGCAACGAAGGGAAAAGCUGAACCAGCGGUUCUAUGCAUUACGAGCUGUUGUUCCAAACAUUUCCAAAAUGGACAAAGCUUCCCUCUUAGGAGAUGCCAUUGCUCACAUCAUUGAUAUGCAGAAGAAGAUUAGGGACACGGAAUAUGAGCUGGAAAGGCUAGGAAGCACCUCCGGGGAUGCAGCUGAUAUCAACAUUGAAGCUGCCAGUGAUGAAGUCAUUGUAAGAGCUAGAUGCCCACUGGAAACCCAUCCUGUAUCAAAAGUCGUUGAAGUGUUCAAAGAGGCACAGGUCAGCGUUGUUGAGUCAACACUUGCCGUGGGGAAUGAUACAGUAUAUCAUACAUUUGUGGUCAAGAACAGUGGACCUGAACAGGUGACGAAGGAAAAGUUAAUGGCUGCAUUUUCUGGUGAAUCAAACUCUCUCUAGACAUUUUCAUCAGUAGGAUAACAAACAUUCCAUUUCUUUGUUUCUGGAAAGGUUUCGGUAUACAACAGUUCAGUCUAGGAAUAGAGAAAACAACUAGCUAUUGACAAAGUAGCAGCAAUUCUUAAAUAUAUCUGUUUAUAGUAUACAUGUUUGUCAAAGAAAGCUAGAUGAAUGGAUUUGCAAGCUUAAA